UGCAGCAUUGUCGUCACAGCCACCUCGGCGCCAACCAUGCUGGGAGCUCAGCGCUUCACGUUGCCUUCUGCAUCUCCGACCAUGACAAUAAGGUUGGUAUCUCAGAGUACGCCCUCUGAAUCUGAGUAUACACUAUUGUCGCAUGGUUUUCUUGAGCCGCAUUCCUGUUUCAGGAUUCAAUAGUCUUGUGCUCAACAUGGAUGUAGUAGCCGCCGGCAGGGCGCGUGUAACAAAAAUGCUUCAACACCCACCCUGCGCCGGCCGCUUCUAUUUUGCAAGAUCCUUUCUCGUUGCCCAGGUGAACAUGAUUUUGUCGAUUUGACAGUGAUAUUGAUUGCUAGCUAUGAGAAGAAGUCGUGCUUCGAUUUCGUCCUCGUCGGAUCAACCUUGGUGGCAGAACUCAUCCGAUUCGCAAAGAGCAGCAGGCUCAGCAUUGACAGCGAGCCUCGGCGGUGCUCCCAACAGCGGCACUAGUCAACGAUAUACGACUAUCUUUCUCACGCGGACACAAUACACGACCUACAUAUACUCAAAUUCGCCUUCUACUCGAUCUUCAGGAACAGCCACAUCGCGAUCCCCUUCUUCCAGCCAUUCAAUGAGCAGAGGCUCUUCUCGUCUUACUUUGGCAUCUUCGUGGUCGGCUUUGUUCACGUACCAACCAACCACUUUCUCCACCACUACCACAGCGACAGUGACAACACAUUCAACAACGACGGUGAGAACUAUCAUUUAUAUCACAAGUACACGGACCGUUCAGGUAGAAUCGAGUGCAGCAACAACAGGUGCUACUACUGCUGCGCAAGACACAACAGCGACAACUCUUGCGACUGCUUCAAGCUCAACUGGCGGAGCUGCCGGUGGGGGUAGAAGUAGUGAUGGCAACGGAGGUUCACAUGGUUCGUCGUUAGUGAGCCCGGACGGAAGUUCGAACCACUCGGCUGCUAUAGCUGGAGGCAUGACUGGAAGCCUAGCAGGCAUUGCAUUGAUAGGGCUGCUUUUCCUGGUUUUCUUUCGUAGACGAAAACGACAAAUCCCAUACCAGGAGAAAGACACAGUUUCUGGACAGCCGCGAAUGUCUUCGUCUUCCCAAGCGUUACCGAUUUUUCUCGCAGCGCAUUCGAACAGAAAUAGGAACAGAGACAAACAAGACACUGCAGCUGAUAGGUUGCCCGUGAUCGACCACAAUCUCAUCCAUAUGGAUGUUGGCCAUUGGGAUCGACCUUAUGUCCAUGAAGACCACCACCUCCGCGACAACAACUCUCCAUUACGCCUCAUGAAUCCAGAUCCAACGCCGACACCUCCCGUCGUCUUUCGAUCCCCUUCAUAUUCUCCGUCGCCCGACACGGCGCCGAACAAGUCCCACGGCUUCCUCCAUAAACAACGGUCUGCAUUGACUGCAGCCAUAUUAUCCAUCAAGCGCUCCUUUUCAAGUCAGGAUGUGGCAACUCGACACGCAAGCGACGAGUCUUAUCUACAGCCUUCGGCCCAUUCAUCGGCGCACCCCUCACCUCUCCACAUCCAAAACAAAAACACGAAUAAACUCACAAUGCCUUCCGAAGCCAUCCUUGCUGGCAUAUCCGACUCUCGACCGAUGUCUUCCCAGUCAGCCAUGUCGAACAACACUAUCAUCCGCCAUAAAGCUCCAGAUGAUCCAUUCGUCACUUCUGCUCCCGCUACGCCAAAUUCGCCUCUACCAAAUUGCUUGCAACCAGGACAUGGAAUCGCUCGCCGCGACUUUCUCGCUCCUCCACCACUGCGUACCCGGAUACCUAUACAGGCAUCCCCUACACCCCGUCAUGGCGCGGUAAGCCCGAUAAGCAGAAGCAACAGCGAUUGCAGCACUAGAUUUGAGAGUUGGUCUCCCACAAGAAGCGAGGUAUCUAGUGUAAGUGUACGUAGUGGGCCGUUCGAUCUUGCGACUGCUAGUGUUGUUGAUGGGGAGAGUGGACGGCAGGCUCCUACUCCCAGUAGAGGGCAGAGAGAGCAGACGCCUAAUUGGGAGGUUCAUGUGUUGUCUGGGACAUGAUUUGGUGAUCGCUUUGGUAUUGUAUCAUAAGCUCUGUGAGCUGUUUGUAUCUAUGUCAAUUAUACCGGCUGGUUCGGUCAUGUUUUGGAAUAUAAUCUGAUCUUGUUCCAGAAGUAUGUCACCGCGAUUUGGUCUCGAUAAG